GCCACUGAAAUCAAGAUAAGACCAUAGUCUUGAAUCUUAAACAGGUUUCCAACAUAUUUCAAACUCUAAGGCCACUUAAUUAUAACAUUAUUUUUAUAAAAUCAUACAUAUAACAUAAAAAUAGAUUGUAGAGUAUUUUCAUUUUCACUCACGCAAAUCCAGACAAUACAAAACAAAGUAAGCGCAUUGGAAAAGUCCUCUUCUCGCAGUGCAGCUAUCACAAUGAAUCAAGAGCAACUUCCAAGCUCAAACAACGAUAAUGUGCAAGAUAGGACCAGGUCUUUAAGUGGCUCCCCAAAUACCAGCGGCAGCUUGAAUGACACAUCAGCUGUACCCACAAGUGUGUGGGGAAUACCCUUAAAUCCUCCCACUGUACCCACUGGAGCCAACAAAUGUUCUGCUUCAAGUACAAAGGAUAUUUCGAAUGUUCCCGCUACGCCCAUUACGCUUAGUGCUUCUAGCACAUGCAGCGCACCAACUGCUACCUGUACUUCUGCAGUUAAAACCAAAAGUGGGACAGUCACCUGUAGCGCAUCCGAUGUUUCUAUUGAAUGCAGUGCAUCUCAUACACCCACCAUGUCCCAAGCAGUUACUAGCAAGAAUACAAGCAUCGCACGCAAUAUUCCUGUAAGGUGUAGCGCACCAAAAUCUACUUCUUUAAGCAACGCACGUGACACAGCUACGCGCACUACAUCGUCCGCUGGUACCGACAGGGCAAGUACCGAUAUUCGACAAUCCCAGGUGUGGCCCCAUCGCCAAGCCAUAACAAAAGCUAACUUGGAUGCUGAUAAUGCCAGUUGCAAUAGUGAUGAUGACUUUGUCGGAGUACGUGUGCAUAGAACACGAACAAAAAAGAUUGUUCUUGCUCAUGUCAAAUCACAACCAUACAACACGCUUCGAAAGCACCUUGUCAAUUAAGGUUAUAAGGUUUUAAGGUUAUGUCAAGGAAAACAUCAUUCAAUGGAGAAUGGCUACUAAUACGAGUAAAUGUUUUAGCCAGUCAUUACGCAAAAGCACUGAAUGAACAUUUCUGGCCGACCUUAAUCGAAUCCAGACCGUAUGUUUCUCAUUUUGAAUAUGAGCAAAAGAGAACACAAAAUGCUCAGGAAGGUGAUUCUCAGUAUUACAAUAAAGGCAACAUCAGUCAGUCUGACGAGGAUUGGGACAACGACCAAUACCAAGAUGACUUGUACCAAGGAUCUAUGUAUUGCCUAUGAACCUGUCCUUAUAUCUGAUACUGCAUAUUUUUAUCUACAUUACUAUGUCACUAAAUGACAAGUCACUCAGCG